AUGACUGAAGAAAUCAAAGAGACCCCUCAAUUGGAUCAACAAUCACAACCAAAAGUUGAAGAACCAACCAUUACAAAGGAUGAACCAUCAGAACCAUCAGAAUCAAGAGAUGAAUCACCAAUUUUAGCUACUGAUUUUGAAGAUUUAAAUAAUUUACCAGAUACAAAACCUGAAUUAAUGUCAAAAUCUCAAUGGAAAAAAUUACAAAGAAAGAAAAAAUUUCAAGAAACUAAAAAAGAAUAUACAAAAAUUAGAAAAGAAAAGAAAAAACAAAAUAAUGCUGCAAGAAGAGAAGAAAUUAAAUCAUAUAUUGAACGUAAUGAAAAAAUUCCAGAUCAUUUAAUUAAAAAGAGACCAAGAAAACCAACUGAACAAACCAAAAUUGAUACUAAAAUAAUUAUAGAUUGUUCUUUUGAUCAUUUAAUGAAUGAUAAAGAAAAAAUCUCUCUAAGUUCACAAAUUACAAGAGCUUAUUCUGCAAAUAGAUUUUCACCAAAUACAGUGGAUUUACAAGUUUCAUCAUUUGGUGGUUGGUUAAAGAAAAGAUUUGAAGUUGAUAUGAAAUCUUCUGCAUAUCAAAAUUGGACUCAUAUGAAAUUUAAUGAAGAUCCUUUUGCAAUAGAUGAUAAAGAAACAACAAUUUAUUUAUCAGCAGAUUCUGAUGAAACUUUAGAAGAAUUAAAACCAAAUCAUACAUAUAUAAUUGGAGGUAUUGUGGAUAAAGGUCGUUAUAAAUAUUUAUGUAGAGAUAAAGCACAAAAAUUAGGAUUAAAAUGUCAAAAAUUACCAAUUGAUCAAUAUAUAAAUUUAUUUGGUAGACAAGUUUUAACUACUACUCAUGUUGUGGAAUUAAUGUUGGAAUGGUUUAAUACUGGGAAAGAUUGGAAAGCUGCUUUUGAAAAAAUCUUACCAAGUAGGAAAUUAUUGGGUGAUAAAGAGGAUGAAGGUGAAGAUGAAGAUGAAGUUAGUGAAGUUGCAAGUGUUGAAGGUGUUGAAGAUGAACCAAAAGAAGAACUAAAAAAAGAUGUUGAAGAAGAAUCAAAAGAAGAAAAAGAAGAAGCCAAAUAG